GCGAGUUUGAAAAGUUCCGCACAAUCGGCAAAAUACUAACCGGAUUUUGAAUUAGAUCUGUUUAGUUUAGUGUACUUAGUUCCUAAGUUAUUAUACAUUAAAUUCCAUAGGAAUUAUUUAGUGACUAUGUUCGAUUCUUUUCUUUUAUCCGCUUAUUAUGCUUAUUAACUAUUAUAUUUGUUGUUUCGUCAUUCGAAAAGUUUCAUUUGACUUACUAUAGAUUUCUAUUAUUUACAUAAAUAGGUUUCUAUUUAUGCUUAUAUUUGUAUUUUCGUAUGAUGUACAUAGUGAUACCUGCCUGAUUUAGGUUUGUAACACAAAAUUUGUUUUGUUUGUGUGUGUGAAUGUCUUCUGAGUGAAUGGAACAGUGACUAGGUCUUAAUCCAGGGUUACUGUUGCGUAUACUUGUCGUCUGUCUGUUUAUGACUGAAUACUUAAGUCUUUAAAAAGAAAAAAAAAUAUGGCUACGAUGACAGAACAAGUGUCCAAGCUUUUGGAUUUUUCCCAAAAACUUGAUAUUACACUGUUAGAAAACAUUGUGGGUUGUAUGUAUACUGGUACUGGUGAUCAACAACGAGCUGCCCAAGAAGUAUUAACUACAUUGAAAGAGCAUCCUGAUGCAUGGACAAGAGUAGAUACUAUACUCGAAUUUUCAAACAAUCAGCAAACAAAAUAUUUUGCUUUACAAAUAUUGGAACAAUUAAUUAAGACCAGAUGGAAAGUAUUACCUAGAAAUCAAUGUGAAGGCAUUAAGAAGUAUAUUGUUGCACUUAUCAUAAAAACAUCUUCAGAUCCUGCGACAAUGGAAAGAGAAAAAACUUAUUUAAACAAACUAAACAUUAUUCUCGUACAGGUAUUGAAACGCGAGUGGCCAAAAAACUGGGAAUCAUUUGUUGGGGAAAUUGUAGGAGCUAGCCGGACUAAUGAAAGUUUAUGCCAAAAUAAUAUGGUUAUAUUAAAAUUGCUUAGCGAAGAAGUGUUUGAUUUUUCUGCUGGAAAUAUGACUCAAAUGAAAGCUAAACACCUAAAAGAUACUAUGUGCUCUGAAUUUGCACAGAUUUUUGAACUUUGUCAAUUUGUUCUAGGCUCUUCUCAAAACGUGGCUUUAGUAAAUGCAACAUUAGAUACACUUCUUAGAUUUCUUAAUUGGAUACCACUUGGUUAUAUAUUUGAAACUGAUUUGAUUGAUACAUUGAUUUUUAAAUUCUUCAAUGUGCCUAUGUUUCGUAAUAUCACAUUGCAAUGUUUGACUGAAGUUGCUGCGGUAACUGUACCGAAUUAUGAUGCUGCGUUUGCAGGUCUUUUCUCCAAAACUAUGGCACAACUUGUACAGAUGUUACCAAUUCAUACAAAUAUUAAAGAAGCAUAUGCUUCAGGUCAAGACCAAGAACAAAAUUUUAUACAGAAUUUGGCAUUAUUUUUGUGUACAUUUCUCAAAGAGCAUGCUCUUUUAGUAGAAAAAAAUGGUUCUAAUGAAGAUUUAUUAAAAGCACUUCAUUAUUUGGUUAUGAUUUCGGAAGUUGAAGAAAUCGAAAUAUUCAAGAUUUGUUUAGAAUAUUGGAAUAGUUUGGCUGCUAGUUUGUACAGAGAAAAUCCAUUCGGACAACUGCAAAUAGUUGGCCUUUUCUCACUUUCUCCAACUAGCAGGCCGGAUGGUAACACUAUAUCCCCUAGACGUCAAUUUUAUGCACCAGUUAUAUCUCAAAUGCGGUAUAUAAUGAUCAGUCGUAUGGCUAAACCAGAAGAAGUUUUAGUAGUUGAAAAUGAAAACGGAGAAGUAGUUAGAGAGUUUAUGAAAGAUACAGAUGCUAUUAGUUUGUACAAAAGUAUGAGAGAAACACUUGUUUAUUUAACUCAUUUGGACUGUGUAGACACUGAACGAAUUAUGACAGAAAAGUUGCAUAAUCAAGUCAAUGGAAAUGAGUGGUCUUGGAAAAAUUUAAAUACUCUAUGUUGGGCGAUUGGUAGUAUUUCUGGAGCAAUGCAUGAAGAAGAUGAAAAAAGAUUUUUAGUCACAGCUAUUAAAGACUUAUUAGGAUUAUGUGAACAAAAAAAAGGCAAAGAUAAUAAGGCAAUUAUCGCUUCUAAUAUUAUGUAUGUGGUUGGACAGUACCCAAGAUUUUUACGAGCUCAUUGGAAAUUUUUGAAAACUGUUGUCAACAAAUUAUUCGAAUUCAUGCAUGAAACUCAUGAUGGUGUACAAGAUAUGGCAUGUGAUACUUUUAUCAAAAUUGCAAUGAAAUGUAGAAGGUACUUUGUUCAAGUUCAAGUUGGAGAAGCUAUGCCAUUUAUUGAAGAAAUUCUUAAUUCAAUGGCAACAAUUAUCAGUGACUUGCAGCCACAACAAGUGCAUACCUUCUAUGAAGCUGUUGGUAUUAUGAUUAGUGCUCAAGUGAAUUCUAAGAUCCAAGAACAACUAAUUGAUAAAUAUAUGCUGUUGCCAAACUUAAUUUGGGAUGAUUGUAUCAGUCAAGCUUCAAAAGAUGUUGAAAUAUUAAAAGAACCAGAGUUUGUCAAACAAUUGGGUAAUAUUUUAAAAACUAAUGCUAGAGCAUGUAAAUCUCUAGGACAUCAAUAUGUUGUCCAAUUGGGAAGAAUAUACUUGGAUAUGUUGAAUAUUUAUAAUGUAAUGAGUGCAAAUAUUACUGAUGCCAUAGCGACUAAUGGAGAUAGUGUUACAAAACAACCAUUGAUUAAAAAUAUGAGAGUUAUUAAAAAAGAAACAUUACGCUUGAUAUCAGAUUGGAUUUCUAGAUCUAGUGAUAAUGCAAUGGUUUUAGAAAAUUUUAUUCCUCCGCUUUUGGAAACAGUAUUGGCUGAUUACAGCAAGACUAUGCAUCCAUCCGCCCGAGAACCAGAAGUUCUUAGUGCUAUGGCAACAAUAAUUGACAAACUACAAUCUGACAUUACCCCAGCAGUAUCUAAAAUUUUAGAUGCUGUGUUUGAGGCCACGCUUACAAUGAUAAAUAAGGAUUUUGAGCAAUUCCCUGAACACAGAACAAAUUUCUACCUCCUUUUACAAGCAAUAAAUAAUCAUUGUUUUGUUUCAUUCCUGUCCAUACCAGCUCCUCAGUUUAAAUUGGUUUUGGAUUCAAUAUUUUGGGCGUUUAAACAUACCAUGCGUAAUGUUGCUGAUACUGGAUUAUUGAUAUUGUACAAAUUAUUGCAGAAUGUUCAACAGCAUAAACAAGCAGCCCAGAGUUUCUAUGUAUCAUACUUUACUGAUAUCUUACAACAUGUUUUUUCUGUUGCCACUGAUACAUCUCAUACCGCAAGUUUAUUAAUGCAUGCACAAAUCUUAUCAUACAUGUUCAAAUUAGUAGAGAGCGAUAGGAUUGAAGUUUUGUUAAGUGCACCAGGUGCACCUCCUGAUGGUGAAGUCACAGAUAAAAAUGUGGCCUAUGUUCGUGAUUUUGUAGCAUCACUGCUAAAGACAGCUUUUCCUCAUUUGGCUGAUGCACAAAUUGCCCUUACUGUACAAGGGAUGUUUAAUUUGAAUCAUGACCUAACCGCUUUUAAAGAUCAUCUUCGUGAUUUCCUUGUUCAGAUCAGAGAAUUUACCGGUGAAGAUAUAUCUGACUUAUACCUUGAAGAAAGAGAACAAGCAUUGAGGGCGGCUCAAGAAGAAAAACGCGAAGUACAGAAGACUGUGCCUGGUAUAUUAAACCCACAUGAAAUCACUGAUGAUAUGCAGGACUAAAAUAACAUGAAUAUCGCAUCACAUAUACAUCCAUUGGUUUUGAUACAUAGGGUUAUUAUUUUAUUCUUAAUCCAUCCAAUCAAAGCAGAAUAUACAUUUUUUUUUUAAUAGCAUGCUUAGGCGUUUAUUCCUUAUCAACGGUCUUUUUUGCUAUAACUGAAUAAUAUUAUGUAUAUUUCAAAAACAAAAUCUAAAAUGUUUUUGUAAGUUAAGAAAGUUUUAUAUUAAAAACUGAAAAAUUGACUGGCUAAGAAUAUAUGUUUAAGUUAUGACUUACUCUGGUAUCUAUAGCUGCUGCGGCCGUGGAUUUUUAAGCCCACCAAUUCUAUUUAUUUAGAAAAACUACUACUUAGUAAGUUUUUUUGUACACACCUAAACAAUAAUAAAAUAUAUAUGUAUAUAUAAUAUAUAUAUAUAUAUUAAUAUGUAUUUUAUAUUUAAACAUAAAUAAUAUUUAUAUAUAUGUAAGUAUAUAUUAUACAAAUAUAUAUAUAUAUUAUGUUCAAAGUUAAUUAAACAGGAAAAUAAAAUCGUAAAAAAUCUAAUGGUUUGAUAUUUGUAAUUGUAAAUAGUUCAGUAAAACAUGUGAAUCAAUUUUUUUUUUUUGUUUAAAUUAUUACAAAGUAUGGUUGGGAAACAAUUUGUAGUAUGUUAAAGUUAUACAAUUAAAUAAUUAAACAAGUUUUAUAUUUAAAAAAAAAACCCCAAUUGUAAAAAUAAUUGUACAAAUUUUUUCUUUACUAUUUUUAUAUGAAAGUGAGUUGGAGAACUUAAUCUAGCAGAUUAGUAUUAGAUUUUUUUUUUGUUAUCUAUUAUUCUGUUAAGUUCACUGUAAUUUGUUCCCGAUUAGGUUCUAGAUUUAUUCGCAUUUAAUAAAGUUAUACUGACAUCUUUUUGACAAAUUGUGUAUUAAUUAAAUCUAAUACAUUAUAUUGUAUACUGUAUUCAUCAAAAUGCUAUUGCUAAACAUCUAAUUAUUUUUUCUAUUCUAACAGUUAAAAAGUUUUGCGUCACUAAUUAGCGUGUCAUAUUACUAUACUAUAUUCAGAAUAAGAAAGGUACCGGGUGGCAACCGGUUUUUGACUGACGGUGGUCAGAUGUUUCUCCCACCAAGUCAACUACUGGGUUCAUUAUUCGGAACGAAACCACGCCCUUGUGCACAAGUUGAUAGCCCACCGACCUUUCUUAUUCUAAAUAGAGUAUAAUAUUAUAUUAGUUAUUAGUUAUAGAGAUUACAUUUAACGCUAUUGAAAGUGUUAUCUAUUCUGAUUUGUAUUUUAUAAAUUGAUAUAUCAUACAAAAUUUGGUAUAAAACAUAAGUGUUGAUUUUGCAUAAUUUCCAUGUUUUUAGUGUUAUAUACUACUGCAAGUCUUGUAUCUGGCUUAUUAAUAAUUAAUGACUAUUUUACUA